CCAAAGAUCAUCAUCAUCAUCAUCCUCCUCAUCAUCCUCCUCAUCAUCCCGGAGGAGAGGCCCAGUGAAUACAUGCCCGACACGCCUCACCCGGAACGCAAAGAUGAGUUUACGCGUCUGAUCUCAAGCGUGUGCUGUGUUCGAUUCGGGGAUUUGAGAGCAGAUCCGGAGGUUCGGCCGCCCGUCGGUUCGAUGCGAGACUACAGCAACAUGCGCGUGUGUGACUGAGGCGCAUGCAUCCGACCAGGACACGGACUCUAGGAACCGAGUCAAGCCGUGGAGCAGACGACUUACAGCUCACGGGUUCACCGAUCAUCAUCAUCCGCUACAUGUGACCGAACCGUCCGAACCCAUCGGCAGCUUCACCAGCGAGCUGCGCGUUAGCACGGCAGGACAGUAAAGUAUGGCUCCCCAUCUGGACGCGGCCCGCAAAUUGUUCUGGAUCUUAAUGAAGUCGCUGCUCCGUUUCACCUUUAUGUUUGUCAAUAACUGUGUUGCGAUCCCGUCCUACUGCCUCUACCUGAUAGUCCUGCAGCCUUUAAGAGUUCUGGAUGCCCACACGUUCUGGUACAUUGAAGGGCUCAUGUUCAGGUGGUUACUGGCAAUGGUGGCGUCUUGGGGCUGGUUUGCAGGUUACACAGUGACAGAAUGGGGUGACGAUGUGAGACCAAUGACUGAAGAUGAAGCCAUGGUCAUAGUCAACCAUCAAGCCACAGGAGACGUGUGCACCCUAAUGAUGUGCUUGCAGGACAAGGGCACGGUUGUACGAAAGAUGAUGUGGUUGAUGGACCAUGUUUUUAAGUAUACAAAUUUUGGGGUUGUGUCCCUGAUUCAUGGUGAUUUCUUCAUCAGGCAGGGCAAAGCAUAUCGAGAAAAGCAGCUAAUUUACCUGAAGGAUCACCUAGACAAGUAUUACUACAGCAGAGACAGGAAGUGGAUUGUGCUGUUUCCUGAGGGCGGCUUCCUGAGAAAGAGACGAGAGACAAGCCAGUCCUUUGCCAAAAAGAAUGACUUGCCCUACUUGACUCACGUAACACUGCCACGGCUGGGGGCCACACAGAUUAUCCUGAAGAACUUAGGACCCCAGCAGGAAAACGGCAUCUUGGGAACAGAAGGAAGUCCACCAGUUCAAAGUACCAAAGCUAAAGGACUACAGUGGGUAAUAGACAUGACCAUAGCCUACCCUAAUGCAAGACCCAUGGACAUUCAGACAUGGAUUUUUGGUUACAGAGAUCCAACAGUCACACACGUACACUACAGGACAUACCCUAUAAAGGACGUCCCGCUAGAGUCAGAAGCACUGGCAGACUGGCUAUAUCAGCGAUUUGUUGAAAAGGAGGAACUUCUGGCUCACUUCUACAAGACAGGAGCUUUCCCUCCACCAGACGGCCAAAAAGAGAUGCUCUCCCGAAAUAUGACCCUCGACAACUCCUGGCUGUUUUUAGUCCAAACGUUUGCCUUCGCCUCGGGCUACAUGUGGUACAGCAUUCUACAUCACAUCUACUGCUGGUACUUCUGACCGCUCUGAGGAGAGCGAAGCGCGCAGGUCGGGAGGAGACAAAGAGCCCCGAAUGCCAUUCUCCUCUGCCGGAUGGUUGAAUGUACCCCGCAGGACGACUCCAGUUGCUGUAUCCGAUCGCGGUCCCCAUCCUUACUUUGGACAGUCACAUCCACCCAGUCCCAGCCGCCCAUGCGUCUAUCCUUUAGAGUUGCGUAGAAACCAGUUCAACAUGUUUACACAUGUGCGCUAACAUGCAGAGAGAAGAUUAUGCACAUCUAAAUGUUUACUCAUGCACAUGUGGACACGCCUCAUUUUUUUUUUCUUUUUUUUUUUACAAUCAAAAUUAGGCUCAGGAAUAAGCCAGAGAUAGAUCUGUCACGUCCUCUCAUUUCUCUCAUUUCCUGCCAUGUGAGCUCCACCCCCUUUUUAUCGUGAACUCCCAAACAGGAUGACUGAAGUUAGUUUUCAGAGACUGCUGUCCUCUUUGGAAGAGCCUCCUCUGGCCUUCAUUGCACUAUGAAUCCUCGUCGCCCCCCUCCCCCAACGGAUUUCUUCUUCCUCGUGGCUGUUUCGUCUCAUGUUGACUGGAUGCCGUUUUUCUAUGUGUAUUGUCAGUAUUGAGAGACGGUGGAACGAUUGUGUUGUUUACACUGACAAAAGGGGGAUUCGGUCUCGGAAAACAUGUCGAAGACGAACCCGGUUCUUAUUUUAGAACCUAUAAAACAAGGAGACUGCAUCCUCUAGGGGACUUUUACACAAUCAACGCCAUACAGACACAUCCAAGCGCACCACAUGACUGCCACACGACCGAUUCGAUAGGACUAAUACCCCUCCCCUCCAAAGUUUUACAAAUACUAAGCCAUAUGCUUAUCUUAGGGUCAAACGGGGGCGGACAUUCUACUGACUGAACUGUUGUGUUUGUUCAUUGUUCAAAAAAAAAAAGAAAAAAAAGAUUUUAAUUUGUUGA